UAAUUUCGAGGAUCGGGAUCGAGAUUACACCUUAUGUGUUUCCCGCGAUCAGUAAAAGAGAAAAUAGCCCACUAAAAACAAACCAACAUCAUGCCAAGAACACAGAAGCAGACAGACAAUGACAGAAUACCAAGUUCUCAGGUGUCGGGGACUCAGGCAGAGAAGGCACACUCCAGCAUGGACCGAGGAGAGCAGGAGAAGAAACUAAACGACCUCAUACAGUUCCUACUGAUAAUGGACCAGAAGAAACUACCCAUUAAAAAACUAGAUAUUAACAAGCAAGUACUAAAAGAACACAGCAAGGCUUUCCCCGUACUAAUCAAACAAGCUGAGGAAAAAUUGAGAAAGAUAUUUGGGAUAGAGCUGGUCAGCUUGGAGGACAAACAGAAGGGGAUGUACAUACUGGUCAACACCCUGGACACUGACGUGGACGAGCAGCUAGAGCAGGUGCCCGGCCUCAGCCUGACCCCAGUAGAGUGGUCAGAAGAUGACCACGCCAGGACUGGACUCCUCAUGGUGGUACUCAGUGCCGUGUUUAUGAAUGGGGAAGUCAUGAUAGAUUCACAACUGUACCAUAUGCUGAAGAAACUUGGAGUUGAUCAAGAUUACACUCAUCCUGUUUUUGGAGAUGUUAAGAAGCUGUUAACUACUGAGUUUGUCAGACAGGGAUAUCUGGAGCACACCAAACAGCCUAACUCUGAUCCCCCCGUGUACGAAUACCGCUGGGGGUUCAGGGCCAAAAAGGAAAUCAGCAAGAGGAAUUGUCUUGACUUUGUCAGUCAGUUGUAUGAGAAGCAGCCAGAAGAGUGGGUAUCCCAGUUCCAGGUGGUGGAGGAGGAAGAGGGAGAAACACAGUCCUCAGUGUCAUGACAACAUGAACCAUUCCCAGAACUCCUUCCUUUUCCCAGCAUGCUACUGAUGAUAUUCAUAGUCUUUCAGGGACCAAUGAAAAGUCAGGUGGAAUAUAUUGUGAUAUGGUUUAAGUCCAAAAAGGAUCACCACUGUUAACAACAAUGUGGUUAAAGUUUUUAGAACUGAUCCAUUGUCUUAAAAACAUUGAAGACUUAAUUGAGAUUAGAACUUAUCCUUUCACCAGUGUAAUGUCCGGUCCUGUGUAUAUCAUUGUUAUGCUAAAAUGUUUUUAAAAAGAAAUAAAAUUUUUAUUUAAA